CUCCAUGAGCACCAAGUUCGGGGCGAAGCUGGAGACAUGCCCGGCACUCCUGAAACAUGCGCAGGAGCUGGGCCUGGACGUCAUCGGGGUCAGCUUCCACGUGGGCAGCUACUGUAUGGAUCCUGUGUCCUACAAAAAGGCCAUCAAAAAUGCCAAAGACAUCUUUGACUUGGCGGCAACGAUUGGCUACAAAAUGACCUUCCUGGACCUUGGUGGAGGAUACCCUGGGUUUGACAUUCCCAAUGUUCUUCACUUUAAACAGAUGGCCGUUGAUAUAAAUCUCGCUCUGGACAAGUACUUCCCCGUCAGCUCCGAAGUCCAUAAUCAGCGAGCCGGGCCGCUACUUCCCAUCGACAGCCUAGCUGUCAAUGUCGUCAGUAAGAGGGUGGACAUCAAGAAGUCCAGUGACGACAAAGAUGACGGGGCCAAGGAGAAGAUCGUUAAUUACUUUGUGAAUGAUGGGAUCCGCUCUUCAUUUAGAUUCGUCAUUUUCCACGAUACCUACGUCCUGCCAAGUGCACAAAAGAAAAGCAAGCCAGGUGAGUGGGUCUUCGGCCAGACCUGUGAUGGGCACGACCUCAUUCUGGAAGAAUACAACCUGCCGGAUAUACAGGUGGGCCAAUGGAUGAUAUUUAACCACAUGGGGGCCUACUCCGUCACCACUGCCACCAACUUCAACGGCUUCCCGAUGCCUAAAACCAACUUUGUGAUGGCCCCCAUAUUAUGGCAACAGCUUCAGGAGAUCUCUGCUAAGGCGGGCCAAGAUCGUUUGAAGCUGUGCUGUCUCAAUGCUGACUUGGAUGCCGUCUGCACAGUGAUGCCUGGCCCCACCCGCAAGUGGAGAGCUAAAGAUAUCCACCAGGUCCAAACGGCAACACCAGGGGCCUGUUCCAAAACCAGAGAUUGAGAAUGUGCUUGAAGGCAUGUUGAUCCCUUUCCGGUUGCCAGGAGAAGGGGUCGUUUUGGCAACCAAAUUGGGAGAAAAUGUAAUCAUGCAAUCAGUGUGCAUAUGGGACUUUUAUUCAUUGUGGCAUGCAUAACUAUUCCUGUAUUCACA